CUGAAAUGUCAGUCUUAUGCACACCCCUUCAAUAAAGUGUUACCAUAAAAUAUAAAAAAAAAAACACUAUAAACAAUACUGUACGCGCUUUGCAUAAUCUAGUGGCACAACAAUAAUGAAGCUUUAGUUACAUAGUUCUCAAGCUUUGCUGCCAUUGCAAUGGCUAGCAAAUGUAAUUUCUGCUUAGACCCUUUUUGGCAACAAAUUUGUACCCAUUUUCACAUGACAAACAAAACAUGCUACACUCAAAAGUAUUUUCAGAGAUCAAAAAUCCUUCAUGUGUACAUGUCUGUACCACAAGAACAGAACAAGAAAAAUGACUUCCUUGUAAUAAAAAGGAAAUUACACCCACAAAUAUUAAAAGGGGGAACAACCAGCAAGAGAUCUAUUGUGCGAUCAUACCCCACUGUGGGUGUGGACUCUGGCCAUGUGCUCUAUCCAACAGAAGAGGGAUAUACGCAGAAGCUGACCAAGCAGCAAACAACCUCUGUGCGUGUUGCUCUGAAGUCAUUAACUCUCAUGCUGCCAUUACCACAGAAGGCAGACCGCUGGAAAGCGAAGCACUUUAAAAUCAGAUCAACAAAUAGGGCAAGUAGGAACUUGUUAGAGUUGAUCAUCUGCAGGAAGGAGAACAAGAGGGUUGGUAUUUACCAGGAAGAGCUGUGUGGAUGAUUCAUUACAUACGACCUAAUUACACAUGGAGGGGCAAAGAGCAAAGAGACAGACAAAACGGGUUGAGGUAAAACAGAGGAAAAUGAAAGGAGGAAGAGAAACACAAGUACAAGCAAGUAGGAAGCCAUAUGUGGGAGGAGAGUGGAAAAAAACCUUAGAGUGCAAUGAGUGAGUCUGUUCCUGUAUGUCACGUGUGUAAUUUUGUGUUACUGCUGGUAACCAGGGAAGGAUGAACCUUUUCUCACAGGGAUAUGAGGAGGAGCCACCUAAUCAGCAAUGAGUACAACUCGAGCAUAACACACUGGACACUGGAGCUCAGAGGACUCAGCCCCGCACCAGAGCACAACAAAGCAAUCUUUACAACCAAAUAUAGCUCUGAAGUAGUGUACAUAUUUCUGCUGCUGUUCUUCUUGAUGGAGCUAGUGGAGAGGACUUCUCUGUGCGGGUUGUAGUCUGACAGCUCUGAAGAGCAUUGAAGCCUGAGAGGAUUGAAGAUUUAAAGCGUUAUUUCUUCAUAGAGACAACAGACUGAACUGCCGACUGGAGGAAUAAGCUGUGGUGGUGCUGAAAUACAAGAGUGAAACAAGGCUAUUAUGCACCAGCUUGGAGGCAGAAAAUGUAGCUUCCUGUUCUGCCUGGGGGUUGUGGCGUGUUCAAUCAUUUAUUGGCUGAGUAGAACUAAACUAGUGGGAACACCUACAAGCAGCAGACCUUUCCUCACUGAAAGUAAGCCCACCCUGGCUGGCAUUGAGAAAAGAGAAAAUUUCUGUCAGAACGAGAAACAGAACAACAGGUUGGCACUUCCCAAAAAUGUGGGAAGUUAUAUACACAGUACCAACCUACAAUGUUCAAAUUUGACUAAGGAACUACACUUUAUCAACGCAACUCUGAGUCAUGAAGAAGAGAACUAUCCUCUGGCUUUCAUUGUCACUAUUCACAAAGAGCUGGAUAUUUUUGUUCGCAUGCUUCGAGCUAUCUACAUGCCACAAAAUGUUUACUGCAUACAUGUGGAUGCCAAGGCUCCAAAUGAGUACCAGGAAACCGUACAAAAGCUCGUCAGUUGCUUUGAUAACGUGUUCCUCUCCAGUCGUAGUGAAAAAGUGACAUAUGCAGGAUUUUCACGCUUGCAAGCUGACUUGAACUGCAUGAAGGAUCUCUCUGCCUCUCCGAUAGCUUGGAGGAAAGUAAUAAAUUUAUGUGGGCAAGAUUUCCCAACCAUGAGCAACCUGGAACUGGUGCAGUAUAUGCAAAGCAAUGAAUGGAGGGACAAAAACAUGACACCUGGAGUCAAACAGCCAGCCACCAUGAAGCACAGAACACGAUUCCAGCAUCAUGAGAUUGUAGGGUCACAUGUUGUCCCAAGGCUGCCAAGACACACAAAACCUCCUCCUCCUCACAAUUUGAAAAUUUAUUUUGGAACAGCAUACUAUGCUCUCACAAGAGAUUUUGUGGACUUUGUUCUGAAAAACCAAAUAGCCCAUGACUUCCUGGAGUGGUCCAAAGACACAUUUAGUCCAGAUGAGCACUACUUUGUGACACUCAACCACAUAAAAGAAGCUCCAGGCAGUCGUAUUGAUGGAGGUUGGGAAGGAGCUAUCCGGGCAAUCAAGUGGAGGGACCAAGAAGGAAAGACACAUGAUGGUUGCAAAGGGCAUUAUGCACGGGACAUCUGUGUCUAUGGGAUAGAAGACAUUCCAUGGAUCAUCGAGAAGAAGGGCAUGUUCGCCAAUAAGUUUGAGAUUAAUACAUUUCCAGAGGCACUAGACUGUUUGGAGCAAUGGCACAGAAACAAAGUUCUGAACCAGGCAACUGUUCCUAUAAAUCCAUCAUGGCUGCUAUGCUCCCACAAUAACUCAAUUAACUUCUGAAACCGAAGUGUUGAAAUCGCUGCUGACAUCAUUUUGCUGAUAAAUCUAUGGAGUCUCCCUACCUGUCUAUGUCAAAACGUGAAUCCAGUGCCCUAAGUUGUGAGAGCAGCAUAACUGCACUAUUUAUUAAACUCUUAUUUUCCUGCGAUUAUUCAUUGUCUACACUGUUUUGACAUAUUUGUCACACAAAGUGUUUGAAAAACAGUUAGUUAUUUAUUUAAAACCAUAAUUUCAUAUUAUGUACAGCUUAAAAGGGAAAUUUUUUAUAAAGUAAUUUAUUGUUUUAAUAUUAAAUAUAUGUAAAAAAAAUAAAGACAAUGUGAAAAGAAACGUUCAACUUCUAGAACAAAUUGUUUUUUUCUGUUAAUUCUGUUCAUUGACUAUCGCUACAUUUGUUUCUGUGAUGUAAGGUAAGCGCUAGAUUAUUAUUAAAAAGUGAAAGCUCUGAAAGUCUUACCAUGAAAUUAAAAGAUCAAACACAGCUGUAGAAAUGUACUGAGGUCAAUUCUACCUUCAUAUCACAAAGAAUUGUUUAGGUGUGGUCCUGCUCCAAGAUACAAAUACUGAGAUACCAAGCAAGAUCUACAGUUAUUAGUCAUUAAAUUGUAUGAAAUAACUAAAAAUCGGACAUAAAUCUGAGAAACGGGGCUAUUUUUCUUAUAUGUUCAGGCCUAAAAUUCUAAUAUUCCACUCCUAAAGUCCAAAUAGAAAAACUCUUCAACACAACUACAAACUGAAAAUGAACAGAAAUGCGUGUCAAACAUUUUUAGCUAACCAUUCAACAUUUUCUCGCAUUCUCCAAAUUUCCCAGCAAGCAUUUUAACAUGUUCCUACAGUAUGUUCCUCCAUGGAACGCAAAAGCACAUCUAAAAAUAAACCCUUUACAGUCAGCCAGCAUGAUAGCCCCAAAAGAUAAUGUGUCACAAGCCCAUACGAGCUGAAGUCCCAGCUUG